AUGGCAGUACUAGUGGAUAUCCGUUGGCAACGCGCAAGCGGGAGACCGGCGCGCGCCGGCCUCGUAUUGAUCGCGGGGGAUGACGCCCGGGGUGACCCAAAUAGAGCCUUCGCGCCCCCAGACUCAAACCAGGCGCCCCACUCAACCCCCAAACCGCUCCACGAAUUUUCAUAUCAGCCGGUCUCCGCCGGAGGAAUGGCCCAUACUCACGGCUUACAUAAUACUUCAGCCGGCUCGAUUUAUCGUCGCCGUUGGAAAAUAUAUUGUUUUGCCCACUUGGACUAA